AUGGAUGAAACUCGGUUGUGGAGACUGCUUGGGUUCCCUGUGGGUGAAGUCGCCUGGGUGGUUGAGACUCCCUGGCCUUCCAACAGGAUUUGGUGGGAUGGGAUUGGAGGCAUUAGAUGUGAGAAGUUGACACUGGCUGGCUUUUCGGCAUCUCAAGCUGUCUCUAGACAACCCGCGCCGACCGCCAUGGCGAAGCCUCAGGCGAAAAAGACUGCCCGAGCGGGCAAGGAGCCUGUGACGCGUGAUUGCACGAUCCACCUUCACAAGCACAUGCAGAAGGUCGCCUUUAAGAAGCGGGCACCUCGAGCGGUGCGGGUGGUGAGGCAGUUUGCUUGCAAGGUGAUGCUCACCCAGGAUGUGCGCAUCGAUACGAAGCUGAACAAGUUCCUCUGGAGCAACGGCGUUCGAAACGCGACUCGGUGGACGAUUCGGGUCGCCAUUGACCUGAACCAGUUUGGCUCCCGACGGUUCGGAACGAAGAUGUCCAGAUUUGUCAAUGGCAGGCUGUUUGUUCGUCCGCCUACCAGGCCGACCAGUUCUCACAACACCCUAGCAGAGAAUUCGCACCAGGUGCCUCGGCGGGUGCGUGUGCGCCUCUCCCGGAAGCGCAAUGAGGACGAAGAUGCCAAGGAGAAGAUGUUCACCUUGGUGCAACAUGUGCCUGUGGAGAGCUUCAAGAAUCUCCAAACGGAGACCGUGAAAGAUGAUUGA